GAUCAAGAGAUCGGUUAACAAGGGAUUCCCUUUGGAGAGCCAAGUGCGAAAACCCGACAAAAAACCGACAACAUGGUUGAGUGGACAGAUGCCGAGCGCAGCGCCAUUACGGGGCUGUGGGGAAAGAUCAGCGUCGAUGAAAUCGGACCCCAGGCUCUUGCCAGGCUUCUGAUCGUGUCUCCUUGGACCCAGCGACACUUCAGUGCGUUUGGUAACCUAUCCAGCCCGUCCGCUAUUAUGGGAAACCCCAAGGUGGCCGCUCAUGGCAAGACCGUGAUGGGCGGGCUGGAAAAAGCCAUCAAGAACAUGGACAACAUCAAGGCCGCUUAUGCCCAGCUCAGCGUGAUGCACUCCGAGAAACUGCACGUCGACCCCGACAACUUCAGGCUUCUCGCUGAGUGCAUCACCGUGUGCGUGGCCGCCAAGUUUGGUCCCUCCGUGUUCACCGCUGAUGUGCAGGAGGCCUGGCAGAAGUUCCUGGCUGUCGUUGUGUCCGCCCUCGGCAGGCAGUACCACUAAACCCUCUCGCCAACGCCGAUAUAUAAAGAGACUCGUCUCAAGAGCGUUUGACCAGACUGCCUACCCAGGCUGUAGGCAUAAUAAAAUAAACUAACACUCUGAAA